AUGCCCUCCGAGCCCAAGUCCCCACUCACUUCCGGCUUCUCAUCCGGGAACUUUCCCUCGAAGGCCGGCCCUCCAGGCUUCCCGGGCCCCCGGCUGUUCCUCGUCCUCCCUCCCCUCUCCUGGAUCCCGAGGAAAUUCCACACAGCCUGGCCUUCUGGGUCACCCCUCACCUGCCUCCCGUCCUCCCUGCCCGUCACCUCAGCCGCACCUUCCAGGGGCCACUUCCGUUUCUUGGAAGAUGGGGGCCGUCUGACGAGACUCAGCUUCCUGGAAGGUGACCUGUUAAGGACUUCUUCCGCAAUAUCCAUGCCUUCCCAAGACAGGGGCCUGCAUGCCGGACACCAUCCCUUCCGCCCCUGCAGCCCUUUGAGUCCCUUCUUGUCGGGCCCCGUGGAGCCGCCGUCCAUCAAGGGCAUUUACUACCGCAGGGCCCGGAAGGUGGGCGCGCUGGACGCCUCCCGGACGGCGGACCUGAAGAAGGAGAUGCUGGUCAACGUGGGGGGCCGGCGGUACCUGCUUCCGUGGAGCACGCUGGACGAGUUCCCGCUGAGCCGCCUGAGCAAACUCCGCUUCUGCCGGAGCCACGAGGAGAUCGCGCAGCUCUGCGACGACUACGACGAGGACAACCAGGAGUUCUUCUUCGACCGGAGCCCCAGCGCUUUCGGGGUGAUCGUGAGCUUCCUGGCGGCCGGCAAGCUGGUCCUCCUGCGGGAGAUGUGCGUGCUGUCCUUCCAGGAGGAGCUGACCUACUGGGGCAUCGAAGAAGCCAGCCUGGAGAAGUGCUGCCUGCGGACGCUGCUGCGGAAGCGGGACGCGCUGGCCGAGCUGCGCCGCGAGGAGGCCCUGCAGCGGCAGCGGGAGGCCGGGCGGCCCGCCGUGCACGCGUCCCGCUGGGGGCUCUUCAGGAGCCGGCUGCGCGAGACGGUGGAGAACCCGCAGUCUGGGCUCCCCGGGAAGGUCUUCGCUUGUCUCUCCAUCCUCUUCGUGGCCACCACGGCGGUCAGCCUAUGCGUCAGCACCAUGCCCGACCUGAGGGCGGAGGAGGACAAGGGGGAGUGCUCACAGAAAUGCUACUACAUUUUCAUCGUGGAGACCGUCUGCGUGGCCUGGUUUUCCCUCGAGUUCUGCCUGCGGUUUGUCCAGGCCCAGAACAAGUGCCAGUUCUUCCAAGGGCCCCUGAACAUCAUAGACAUCCUGGCCAUCUUCCCUUACUACGUGUCCCUCGCGGUGUCCGACGAGCCCCAGGAGGAUGGGGAGCGGCCGGGCGGGAGCUCGUACCUGGAGAAGGUGGGGCUGGCACUGCGCGUGCUGCGGGCCCUCCGCAUCCUCUACGUGAUGCGCCUGGCGCGCCACUCGCUGGGGCUGCAGACGCUGGGCCUCACGGUGCGCCGCUGCACGCGCGAGUUCGGCCUGCUUCUCCUCUUCCUGUGCGUGGCCAUCACCCUCUUCUCCCCUCUGGUCUACGUGGCUGAGAAUGAGUCUGGGCGGGUCCUGGAGUUCACUAGCAUCCCGGCCUCCUAUUGGUGGGCCGUCAUCUCCAUGACAACGGUGGGCUACGGAGACAUGGUACCCAGCAGCGUGCCGGGCCAGAUGGUGGCCCUCAGCAGCAUCCUGAGCGGCAUCCUCAUCAUGGCCUUCCCAGCCACGUCCAUCUUCCACACCUUCUCGCACUCCUACCUGGAGCUCAAGAAGGAGCAGGAGGAGCUGCAGGCCCGCAUCCGCCGCCUGCAGAACGCGGCCACAGCCGGCGAACACGAACUCCUGAGGGACGUCAGUGACCUGAGCCUGGAGGGCCCUGCCUUGCCCAUCGCAUACAUUUAA